UUGUUAUCAGGAAGUCAGGUCAAGUCAGUAUUUAAUACAGUUCGCCUGUGAGACGUCACAGACAGUCAGCAUGGGAUCUACCUGGAUUUUAAUCGCUUGUUCCUUGGCCUUUCUUGUUCUACCUGGCAUUAAUGGCAGUUGUCGAAGUCCGAUGGUCGAAUUUCAAGCAUCAUGCUACCUAUACGUACACCAACCAGAAGACUUUGUUAGUGCUAUGGAAGUUUGUCGAGAAUUUGAUGGGUAUCUCGUGGAAAUACACAGUGCAGCAGAGGACACAUUUCUUGUAUCGCUUAUUAACAACGUAACAGCUCCAGGAUCUAACCCCGACGUAUGGACGGGCGGUAACGACAUGUUCAGUGAGGGUCGUUGGACGUGGUUGAAUAGCGGAAUCAAGUUCACCUACACGAACUGGCAUCCAGGCAACCCGUCCAACUCGUGGGGUCAAGAGAACUGCAUGCAGUUGCACCUUUCUGGAGGAGUCCACAAAUGGAAUGACAGAGACUGCCUCCACAAGACGUAUUUCAUCUGCGAGUCAGAAUCCAGCACUGAUCCAGGAGUGAUUGGAUGACGACUUCCAGGAAGCGAAUUGUAGAAAUAGAACUCAGUCAAUAAAUACGUGGUGAUGAUAUUGUGCAA